GGGGGCGGAGGCUGGGCCGGCGGCGAGCGGGCGGCGCGCCUGUCCGGAGCGCGGCGGCGGCGGCGCCCGAGGAGGCCGAGCGGCGGCGGGCCGGACGAGCGCGGCGGUGGCGGACGAGGCCGGGGGCCCCAUGGGCGGGUGCGUGGGCGCCCAGCACGACUCCUCGGGCAGCCUCAACGAGAACUCGGAGGGCACCGGAGUUGCUCUUGGUCGUAACCAGCCUUUGAAAAAGGAGAAACCAAAAUGGAAAAGCGAUUAUCCUAUGACAGAUGGACAACUGCGCAGCAAGAGGGAUGAAUUUUGGGACACUGCACCAGCUUUUGAAGGCCGGAAAGAGAUUUGGGAUGCCUUGAAGGCUGCUGCACACGCUUUUGAGAGCAACGAUCAUGAACUGGCACAAGCAAUCAUUGAUGGUGCAAACAUUACCUUACCACACGGUGCGCUUACCGAGUGCUACGAUGAACUGGGGAACAGGUACCAGCUUCCGGUGUAUUGCUUGGCACCACCCAUCAACAUGAUAGAGGAGAAGAGCGACAUAGAGACUCUGGAUAUUCCCGAGCCACCACCCAAUUCUGGAUACGAGGCUCAGCUCCGACUGCGCCUCUCCACAGGCAAAGACCUCAAGCUCGUGGUGCGCAGCACAGACACCGUGUUCCACAUGAAGAGACGCUUGCACGCAGCGGAGGGGGUGGAGCCCGGAAGUCAGCGGUGGUUCUUCUCAGGCAGACCUCUCACUGACAAGAUGAAGUUGGAGGAGCUGAAGAUCCCCAAGGACUACGUCGUGCAGGUGAUCGUGAGCCAGCCUGUGCACAACCCGACGCCGGUGGAGAACUGAGUGAGCCCGGCGCCCUCCUCCCCUUUUUAUUGUCAUUGUCAUUUUCGACUCUGUGGCGUGAAAUUUACUUUCACUGCUCUGAAUUCCCUAUGAAUGAAUUUAGUUCUGAGGAAUUACCAGUGAAAAAUUCCAUCUGUGAUGGAGACCAACAAAAAUAAUAAAACACAAAGAGCCAGCCUUUGAGACUCAUGUAAUUACAAUUUCUAAUUUGAGAGGCAGUUAAGAAAUAGAUAACCAUUUAUUUUAAAACACUCAACAACUACUUAAUGGCUGAGUUUAAAUGAGUUGGACUGUAAGUGGAACAUUGUAAUCUCGAAGAACAGCACCAAGCACCUUUGAACACAGAAUUUUUAACAUCUGUCAGAUGAUAUAAUUUCCAGAUGCCACCAAUAAGUUAUGGGUUUUUUACUAGAAUCUGAAAGGAGCAGUCUUGGAGAUUCCCUUCUGUUCUGGCUUUUGCCAGCUCAUUUCAUCUGUAGCCACACAGGAGUAAGACUGGCCAGGUGUGCCACCGUGUCGCUGUCCCCACCCACACGCUGAGCUCCUCAUUGACACACUACGUUCCGGUGCCUUCAGCACGUUCAGUGGCUGGCGCCCUUCUGAACACUAGGCAGUAGUGAGUCCUGCAGUCCUACUCUGAUGUCCACCUGAUCCUCGGUUGCUGCGCAGGUGUUGAAACACCUCUGCAGACAGCUGUUUCCGUGUGGGGCCGGAAGGUCACUGCCGUACGUACCUCCCUUCCUCCUGCUCUGUCUGCACCUUUGCAUAGCCUACCCUGCCCCAGGCACACGGUCCCGGGGGAGCAGGCGUCCUUGGCUGUUCCCACCCGAGGUACUGCAGUGCGCGCUCUUCUUCCGGCGUGGCGGGGUGUGAGGAAGCCGCCUCUGCUGUGCUGGGAGAACUGCGCCUGUUUUCAGUCUUGCAGAGAAACUUUCACUGAGAGUCUGCAAGUAUGAAAGGUUUGCUGGUGUCACUUUCACAUCAGCAGUGACGCAGCUGCACUCCCUGGGUCACUCUUACACUCAGCCACAGUGGAUGACGGUUCUCUCAUCCUUCUUCACAAAGAGGCAAGUUAAGAAACAUCCGCAGAGCCAGUUGGGGACUGGGACAUGUGCGGCGAAGGCCUGCGUCUUCUGUGCUGUGGCUGAGUGAAGCCGCCCCUGGAAAGCUGGCUCCGAGAGAGCAGGCCGUGACCUCGGGCAGCUGAGUGGAGGAAGGGAGUGCGGCUGCGGGGCUGUUCCGGUGAGUGGCGCAGGCACCUCCACAGCCACGGGGGCGUGAGCACCUUGCCAGUCACAAUGACAGUGACACUGCAGAUGAGUCUGGGUGCAUUGUUGAAAAUGGUAUUAAAUCUCCUCUGCCUGACGAAGUCCGUCCAUUCCUGUACCUUGUCCUGUUUCUGAGCGCUUCAGCUGCUUCCCUAGCGUUCUUCAUCAUCUUAAAGAUCGUGGCUGCGUCUGAUUUGCUUGCUGAUGACUGCCUCGACACCCAGAGAAGAGGGUCGCGCUGGUUCCAGAGGAGGAGCCGCACCCCAGCUGGAGGUAGGGGUGUUCAGCGGACCUUUCUGUCAUUGGCAUGCCACACUGAAUACCAGCAGCUCUCAGUGUCUGGACUACUUUUUCUUAAGGAAAUUUGGUGAUGUCAUCAAUAAUCUAUGAUUGGUAAAAGGUCUUGGUUGUUGAAGAUUCUAAGAGUUUAUUUUCUUUUAUUUUAAAGGAACAUAUACUUUGAAUUACAAUUUUCUGGGCAUGUUUAACCUAGGUAAGGAAAACCAUGGUGCUGUUAAAUUGUCAAUAGAUUGAUGUAAGAUUGGACCAAUACUUGAUGUGUAUAAUUUUAGUAUGUAGGGUUUUUGUGCUUUUUUAAAAAAAAAAAAAAGUUAAAUUUU